AAAAAUGGGUGAUGUUGAAGAAGCAUGCAACACAAAGCUCCAACUAGGGCUUGGUGUGUGUGAAUAUGCUUCAAGGCAAGAGAAGAAGGAUAAUCCUCUGGUUUGCUUGGACCUAUCAUUUGCGCUUUGCCCGAAACAGGAGGUUCCUAAUUUGGACGAUCACAUUGCAAAUGGAUCAAGCGUGAGGACAAUGGAUGUAGAUGAAGAAAGUUAUGAGAGAAGCAUCGAUCACACCAAUAACAAGAGUGUUAUCAUGAACAACAAAAAUGGUGUGAGAAAGAAACUGAGGCUCACAGAAGAGCAGUCCACCUUGUUGGAAGAGAGCUUCAACCGGCAUAGCACCCUUAAUCAGGUCCAGAAACAGUCACUUGCUGAGCAAUUAAAUCUGAAGCCAAGACAAGUUGAAGUUUGGUUUCAGAACAGAAGAGCAAGGACAAAGUUGAAGCAAACAGAAGUAGACUGUGAGUUCUUAAAGAAAUGUUGUGAAAGUCUAAGUGACGAGAAUCGAAGGUUGAAGAAAGAGUUGCAGGAGUUGAAAUCAUUAAACGCGAACGGGACAUCACCAUUGUACAUUCAGAAGGCUACAAUGCCUCCGGUGUGCCUAUCUUGUGAGAAAAUGGUAAAAGCUCAGGAAAAUAACCCAGCUGCUGCGACGAAUGCAGAAGAUCUCAAUGUGGUCCGAAAGAGUAGUAAUUAAUAAAGUGCAGUGCGGCUUUGACGGUACAAAUUAACUAGAGAGAUUGGAUGGUAUAACUUCAUAGCUAUAACCACAGCCAAUAUUUAUAGGUGCAACAAGUAAUGAAGUAUCGAUCAGAUCGAUCAAUCAACAACUACCCACAUGAGUAAAAUGAUUUAUAUGAAUUACAAUGAGGGGUCCAAGUGUUGUACUAAUUAUAGAAAAGAAUAAGCUAGAAAAGAAGAAUUAAUGUUAAACUGUCAUAACCUUCGCAAGGAUUUAUUUGAUUUGACCUGAAUGUUUUUUUA